UUAUAUACCGGUCGUUGGUCUUGUUGGUUUAAAAUGAGAACCAGAAUACAGUUUAAAAUGAUUUUAAUGUUGAUUAUACGAUUUCCGAUUUUUUUAAUUUUAAUUAAUGAUAGUGGACGAACAUUAACACCUAUUGGUAUUAAUAAACAUAUGUUAAUCAAAAUAUGGAUUAUACGACGUGUUUUGUAGUUUCCAUCUGCGGAGAGGCGGUUGCGUUUAUAAAAGGUAUUUUACCCAUAUGCAAAACAUGGAAGCACUCCGUGCGGUGAAAAUCCAAGAGCUCCUCAUGCACUCGUAUCUCGCUGUUGCACUUACUUUACUGAGUCUCUUCAAUUCUUCAUUCAAUUUCUUAAUCACAAAAAAAUUGGAAUUACAUCGAAUAUACAAUUGCUGAUAGCAUGCAAGACGAGUUUGAUUUCUUGAAUGGCGCAAAUUCUAUUUACAAAAAGGGCAUGUGUAUUUCGCCAGCAGUGCCGUUGGAGCCUAAGCUGGAGUCCUCAAUUGAAAAUAAUGCUAACAAUUAUAUUGGAAAUGUAAGCCAUGUAAAUUUACCUAGUGUCAUCAGAAACGAGGAUUCAAGUCAUCCCAUAACAUGGAAACAGCAGUCAAUAAAUCUUCAAGAACUCUCACGUCAACGGCUGCGAAGCGACCAACAGCGUCACGACCAGCGGCAGCAACGUCGCUUAAAUUUAACCACUAGCAAAUUACUUUUACAAAACUCUGAUGAUCCAUUAAUAUGCCAUGGCGCCAAUAAUGUUGGUGCAGGUGAUGAUGAUAGUCACCUGAUUAUAUGCACAGCACCAAAUGAAGAAAAUACACAAACAGCGAACCUACUGCCUGCUUCGUCGACUAUAAUUAAGCAAAAACUUUCUUCAACGACCAGAUCCAAACCACUACCCAAAAAGUUGCCUCAAAAUGGUUGCAGCUUAUUAACCAAACAACAGCUUAAAGUUAAGGCUAGUUUAAUGAGCGUUCAGAAUCGUGCAGCAAAUGAUCUAGACAAACGCGGACAUAUAAGUACUGACGUCGCACAAACUAAUAAUAAAACGAAUGACCUAAAAUCGUCCAAAAAGAAAGGUGUUUUAAAACUACGUUUUCAUCACCAAGCUCUGCCGCCAGAGUACCUUAUUCACUAUGAAGCUACUCAAGGGCAGCUUACGCCUUUUGUUAAAGAAUCAAAUGCGAAGUCAUCCGAAUUUCGUUCUUCCAAAAAUCUUCACUCUUCCAAACUCUCGCCAUCCCAAAGUGGGCAAGAAAAUGUUCGUAGCUGGUUGCAAAAGAUUGCAGCAAUCCAACGAUCGGCUCAAGAGGAAGACAUAGAACCAAUUGAGAGAAUACAUGGUCAGCAGCCUACAAGAUUGGAGCUUACUAAAGCCGAAGUUUUUAAUGAUCCUAACAAUAAUUAUCUGGACCGAAUGCACACUUCCAAUGUAUCAUCUGUAAAAAAUGAGAUCCGACUUGAUUCUAAACACUCACAUAAUUCUGAAAAAGAUCAGGUUAAUUCUUUGAGUCUCAAAUGCGCAAUGAACAAAUUUUCUUCAAAUGCAACAACUUUCAACGCUAUCAACUCAGCAUCAGUAAAACGAGUCAUCAACUUUGUUGAUCUUCCGUACAUGGGGGAAAUAACGCUAGACAAUUCGAAACCACGACGUGGUAGGAAACCCAAAAAAGCUGAUAUUUGUCACUUAAUAUAUAAAAACUAUGGCACAAUAUUACCCGGUACCCCCAAUACGGCAUUAUGUACAUCAAAACUUGCAAAGGAAGAUGCGCAAAAGCAUGAUAUUACAGACGAAUUGCCUUUGAAUCUCUGUGUAAGAGAUCAGCAAUGCGAGUACUUGUCGAUUUCGAGCGGAGAAAGUGAAAAUGCGUGCGGAAUAGACGAUGUUGAAUGUAUAAAUGCGCACAAUAUGGGUGUAGAAAAUUUCUUAGAAACAAAAUUAAAUAAUUUAAUGCCAAGUUCCGAUCUCAAAAGGUCAGUUAUUCUAAAAGUUGAAUCAAAUGUGGAUACAAAUAUUUCUACAGAUUUAACGCCUUCAUUUUCACAUCCAAAUCAAGCAAAACUUGAUUUACAUCCAUUAAGUCAAUACUACCAGAAAUUACUUUCCGGUACCUUAGUGAACAAAAGUAGUCAGCCAUUUGGUCUACCUGUGGAGACUAUAGAAAAAGACAACCAACUAUCGCUAAAAAUACCAAUACCGAGUGGGUUGAUUCGUAUGUCAAAAACAGAGAAUAUGUCUCCGACUUUAAGCUUAAACAACCAAACUAUUGAUUAUCCGGAUCUUAUGUCAACACCGUCUUCGAUUAAGUCGGAAAAUUCAAGCAUAACCGCAACCACAUCGACGAGUAAAGCGGUUGCUACGCCAAUAAAUUGUACUAAUCAGAUUUUCACUCCUCAGAAGCGCAAACGAUCCGCCAUUUUCAUUCCGCCAAUUCCGGCGGAAAUUACACCAAACACACCAACAGAAGUCAGCAUAUGCAAAUUCAAAUUCACUGGUGGUGACAAACCCUCGUUGGAGGAGAAGAAAAUGCUUUCUGUGGAUUCGAGUGGUAAUUAUCGGUAUUAUAGUGGUACUGGCGAUAAAUCAACCCGUGGUUUUGAAUAUUUUCCUCGUGAAAGUUUACAAAACUCUGCUGGUUUCUUACCAGGUGUUAAUUGUGUAAUAUCAAGUCCGACACCUGAAAACGAAUUUUCAAUAAAUGACAUACCACCACCAUCAGCUGAACUUAGUAAUGAAAUUUUACAAAUUCCUGAGUCUCCGACUGCAAACUUGUUAUCACCAGCAUCUGUAUCAUUAACAGAGGUUUCAAUGUCAUUGCCAACAUCAAGGUUAGAGUCUUCAUACACUGGUUCUGCAGCUCAAUCCACCCAAAAACAACCACAGAAAAUUCAGAUAAUAGUAGGUUCAAACUACAGCAAUGAUAUAUCUACACAAAAAACUUCUUCCAUGAAAGAUAAUUUUGCGAAUUUAAUGGUUAACCCGUUAACUUGCCACUCUCUACAUCCUAAAAAGAAGUCGCGAAGAUCAACUCAGCGCGAAAAACUCGAGAAAGCAUUUAAAGAAAAAGGAUUUCUUAUUCAAACACAACAACUCGAAUCUGCUGAAGGAGCUACGUAUUGUAAAUUUCGACAAUUGAAGAAGUUCACCCGUUAUUUGUUCAGAAAUUGGAAGGAUUAUCUUCCCGGUGAAGUACAUCAAUCAAAUGUAGUAGAGAAAGCAUUUUUAAGUCAUCAGCCUUUAACCAAGAAUGAAAUGAAAAAAGAAGUAAAUAUAACAGACAGCUUUACAGAGCAGGACAUACAGAAUAUACUAGAACGUCAUGGAUUUGUAACAACUAGUGAAGUAUGCUCGCAAAAUAGCACUCUCAGUAGUACCACUAAUUUAACAGAGAAAAUUCUGCCCGAACAGAAAUUGGUGGAUAACAUUGCAGAGACAUAAUUAAUAAAAUAAUGUAAUUUGAAGACAUUUAAUUUAUUUUGGUUACAAACAGUUGAAUUACGUAUUAGUUCUAAUGCUUAAUAUUUGCAUAAAAUUUCUAACACUGCCAAAGAAUCAUUAGAAUUUAAGGAUACUUAGAUAUAUUACAUAUGUGUAUACAUAUAUGAAUGUAUUAAACUAGUCAUUGCACAAAUUAUUAUUUCAUUGUGCAGUUUGAAACCACUUUGUUCAUAAAUAGAAAUUACCCAUUUUAUGGUGGGAUUAAGUUAAAUAGAUAAAUGUGACAUAAUUAAUUGUGAAUUCCUAUUGUAGUUAAAAGUAAAAAAAUCCAUUCGAUUUAUGCAAAAUGUAUACAUUUUCUGUAUAUAUUUUCUUGUCAAAAACUUUAUUAACACAACAUUUAUAUAAAACGGUUUUGUAUAUACAUACUAUUCAUGAUUAACUAUCUCGUUCGUAUUUUACUAUUUGCUAGAUAAUAUACAUGUAUAAGUAUUACAAAAUUACAAAGUGAACGUCAUUGAAAUUAGGUUUACUAAAUGCCUAUUAAGGCAACAUUUUAUGUUCAAUACUAUAUUUUUGUCUUAUUUUAUAUUCCAUCGCAUAUGAUACAAUUCUAUAAAAUUUAUUUGGAAGACAUUUUAAUUGUUAAAUGCCUGCGCAAAACCAAAAAACUAGUUUAACAACACAAAGUAUGAUUGAGAAUAAAAAUU